AUGGUCGUGGCCCGGCGCAGGCUGGCCGUGGGGCUGGGGCUGGCUGGGGCGGUCUGCGCCCUCCUGGGGGUCUGCCUGCUGCUGGUGGCGCCCCUCAUCGUGAGGGAUCAGGUGGUGAAGAAUGUCAGGAUUGACCCCAAGAGCAUCUCCUUCAACAUGUGGAAAGACAUUCCUGUUCCUUUCUACAUGUCAGUGUACUUCUUUGAGGUGUUGAACCCCCAACAGGUCCUCCAGGGAGCGAAGCCGAUGCUGAACCAGCGUGGACCCUACGUUUACAGAGAGUUCAGGUUUAAAGACAAUAUCACGUUCCAUGACAAUGACACAGUUUCCUUCAAGGAGUACCGGAAUCUCUUCUUCCAGCCUGACUUGUCCAGCGGCACUGAAGAGGAGUACAUCAUUGUGCCAAACAUUUUGAUGAUGGGAGCAGCUGUAAUGAUGGAAAAGCUGCCAAACUUUGUGAAGGUUUUACUGAGUGGAGCCCUGGCUGGCCUGAAACAGGAAGCAUUCAUAAACCGGACAGUGGGGGAGAUCCUGUGGGGGUAUGAAGACCCUCUAAUAGACACAUUAAAUAUGUUUGUUCCUGGUCUGAUCCCUUUCAAGGGCAAAUUUGGUUUGUUUGUAGAGAUUAACAACUCUGAUUCAGGACUGUUCACAGUGAACACAGGCAUGAAGGACAUCAGUAGAGUUCACAUGGUGGAUACAUGGAAUGGGCUAAAGAAGGUCAACUACUGGCGGAGUGAUGAGUGCAACAUGAUCAACGGGACCUCGGGGGAGAUGUGGCCACCCUUCAUGUCCCCAACAUCCCUGGAGUUCUACAGCCCUGAUGCCUGCAGAUCCCUGACACUGGUGUAUGAACAGUCUGGAAAUUUCAAGGGUGUGCCCACUUAUCGCUUUGUGGCACCAAAAACUCUCUUUGCCAAUGGCACAGACUAUCCACCCAACGAAGGCUUCUGCCCCUGCUUGCAGUCUGGCAUCCAGAACGUCAGUACCUGUAGGCUAAACGCACCAAUGUUCCUUUCCCAUCCUCACUUCUACAAUGCUGACCCAACCCUGGUGAGUGCUGUUGGAGGCCUCCACCCCAACAAGGACCAGCACGCACUCUUCCUCGACGUGCACCCGAUGACAGGCAUCCCCAUGAAUUGCUCCAUCAAGCUCCAGCUGAACCUCUACAUAAAGGCGGUAUCUGGUAUAAUUCAAACAGGGAAGAUUAAACCAGUGGUCCUGCCACUGCUGUGGUUUGCAGAGAGCGGAUCCAUCGAAGGCUCAGUCCUGAAGCAGUUUUACACCAACCUGGUGCUGAUCCCAUCCUUGCUGGACUACCUGCAGUAUAUCAUCCUUGGGCUGAGUGUGCCACUCAUUAUCUCAGCAGCUGUACUCAUGGCAAUGAGUCGGGAGACCACCACUAAGAAGAGCCCAGGCCACCCCACUGCACAGAGCAAACCAUGCCCUGCCUCUGAGACCACGCCACUCCUACACAAUACUGACACACUGAGCCAGGACAAUGCUGAAGCCUGAGCCACCAGCCCUGCCACGCUUCCCGCCAGGACACGUCAGUGCUGGGGGUGAGACCUGCGAGGUCUCUGGAAGGUGAAGUCCUCCUGGGCAAUUCAGUGGAGACCCUGCACGCCAUGGCAAAGCCACAGGACAGUACUGCUGCACCAGCACUCCAACACUGGGGAACGAGAGACCUCAUCCAGACACCCAAACACAGUGUUCCAGAACCGUUGUCCCCAAGGGGCUGACCUCUGCCACAGCCCCUGCAUCCUCAUGGGCCAGCAGGAAUAAAGACCAUCACUGGCUGAUGCCAGGAGUUAUUUUGUAAUCUAAACCCACCUGUUGCUGGGAAUAAAAGACACUUUAAGAGGAGCCUUAAA